AUGAAGAUUCUCACUAAGGAAGAAGAGGACGCCCACUACCGCGCUGUCGUCAAGGGCGGCACCAUCGGCGGUGUCACCGGUCUCGCAGCCGGUGUAGCCGGCGUCAUGCUCGCAUCGCGACGCUUUAGCACAAUCCGCAACCUGACAAUGCCCAUGAAAGCCUUCCUCACCACCUCAUCCGGAACCUUCGUGGGAAUUAUAGCCGCCGACCACGCCUCGCGCGAAUUCGAGACCCAGCAGAACGCCGAAAAACUCUGGUACGAGAACCGCGAAGAGCGUCUUCGCGCUGAGCAAACCCGCGGCCUUAGCUUCGCCGACCGCACCGUGGCUUUCGCCCGCCGCGAGAAGUACAAGAUCAUCGGCGCCACCUGGAUUGCUUCCAUUGUCGGCUCGUUUAUGCUUGUCAACCGCAACCCCUUCCUGUCUAGCUCGCAGAAAAUUGUCCAGGCUCGUGUGUAUGCGCAGGGUCUGACUCUUGGUGUUCUGUGUGCGUCGGCGGCGUUUGAGAUCUCGGAUCAGCGUCGUGGUCGCGGUAUUCUGGAUGCGCAGAAGGAGAACAAGAAGAACAAGCAGGAGGCUAUUGAGGAGACUCCAGCUCGCACGGGUAACAAGGAUGAGGGUGAUCUUUGGAAGGAUAUGGUUGCUGCUGAGGAGCAGCGCUUGAAAAAUAAGCACCAGUCUCUGCAUCUGAAGCAUGCCGAGGAGCACGUCGAGGCGGCGAAGGAAUCUUCUGAUGAGUCCUCCGGCGAGGAGAAGAAGGACGACAAAAAGGACGAGAAGGAGGGGAAAUCCGAGUCUGAGUCCGAGUCUAAGCCCAAGUCUGAGAAGCUCGAGGCAAAGAAGCACUAA